GACGAUUCUGAUGCUAGUAAAGCCACCAUCGCGGUUACCGACCGAGAAGAGAGCAAGCCGAGCGCAUCUUCGCUGCGCCAUGGCAAGACCGAAGAGUCUCCCCGAGUGACGGGUAACAGCCUUCCAAAGGGCAAACGACCGGCUGAAGACGGAUCCGAGCAGGACGUGGGCGAGAAGGGCACAGGUCAAAAGGGCACAGUUCGGAAGGUCGCGUAUGAGAUUGACGAUGAUGACGGCGACGAUCUGGAUGAUCAAAUUCUAUUGGCAGAGACGCAGUUGGCGCUUCGACAGGCAGAGAUGCGACUGGCGAUUCUGCGGCAGCGAAAGAAGCGCAAGCAGUCAAAACACUAG